UGCGUCACUAGCAUGCGCCGAGAGGAGUCUGAAGGAGAUUUGGGAAAAUUACCUGAGAAGUCGGGAGAGGAAGUCAUCAUCCAGCAUUUAAACGCUGGGGGUUUUGUUAACAUCUCAAGUAAAAUCGGCAUGCGUAGCUAAACUAGACACAUUAAUCCAAUCCCUGUUGGUUUGCGUAUAUACACCAUACUGUUUUGCUGCGAUGUUAUUUAACGUUAUCCACCGCUAGCUACUGUCAGACUCACAUUACAGCCACAAACACACCGGUGAUUUGGGUUAACGUAGUUAGCAAACACCCCAGCUAGCUAACGGUAGCUGGAAACAAAUGAAACCGUAUCUGGUGUAAGCUACUCCGGGGCCCGAGUCGACCACAAGUCCGCUGCAGUAACCCAAAGUUAAAGCCGAGUUAGCGUUACCAGAAACCAUGCAUUGAGAGGUAACCUCGUCUCUUCCACCUCGCCGAGAAACCAACACGAGCUCCCUGCUGCGAGAUUUUGGCUUUGGUUGGGCUCAUAUCAGAUGGAGGACAAAUUCACUGCAGUUAUCCUACCAGCUGAUUUAGAAAAUUCAGCUACUAUGCCUUCUGUUGGACUGCUUUUGUAAACGUGGUAGCCAUGGCUUCUCGCAAGGUGGAUGAGCUGCCAAGUGACACCAAGGAUUUAGCUUCGGUCUCCAAACAGCUUUCCCGAUGCGGCCCUGAUGACAUCACGGAAGAGCUUCAGUCGGAUACGAUGAAUGCUACGGUGAAAUCCCAGAAAUCUGGAAGAUUUAGGAGGACUGCCCUGACAUUUUUUGGAGUUCGUAAAAGUAUCUGUCUUUUACCUAGUUUUUUUGGAGGAAGGAGUAAAAAUCAGAACAAGUGGUCUUCUAAGAAAGGAAUCACCAAAAGCAGAACACACGAUGGGCUGAGUAAGGUUAGUCAUGAUGACAAUCUGAGAAGUGGCUACACCUCAGUUGGAGAUUUUGAGUACCACAGCCAGAGGGACUCUGCUGGAGAGCUCCACAGUAGCUGCCGCAAUGAAUGUCGUCACCCCACUGCUGACCAGAAAUCACUGACUCUCACCCGGCAGAAAAAGGGUUUGAGGGGUCUUUUUCACAGCUUGAAGCAUCACAGAAACCAUAGAAAUGGUGGAUUGGAUAAAACUGAAAUGAUUGCAAUGUCCUCUCGUCACUGCAAGAAAGAGGUGCCCGUUGUCCAGAACAACACCAGCCAGUAUGUCACAGAGUGCCUGGGAUCUGAACCUGAUGUGCCUGAUUUUGCAGAUGUUAUAUGUGAUAUUUCCAUUGGCCCUGAAUGUAUUGAUGCUGAUGCAAUGGCAUCAGAGAAGAGCGAGGAGCAAGUAAGCCCAAAGUCUGAGCUUGAUGAUCAGAUUUGUGAUGAUGAAAUGCAGGAAAUGAAUUUGGUGGCCAUAGUUUCCAGAGAAUAUGAGGAGAGUUCUAGAGGCCACAGCGAGCCUUGUCUGAAACUUCAGAUGAUGUCUGAGCCUGUAUUGAAGUCUGAAACACCCGCUGGCUCAUCGGAUCAGCUAAACCUGAUUUUUGGAGAUGUUGCAUCAUUAAAGAGCUUUGAUUCACUCACUGGCUGUGGGGACAUUAUUGCAGAUCAAGAAGAUGACAGCAUCACAGAGAGCACGGUUUCUGGAGAAAGGAGCAGAAAUGGAGGAAAGAGGGCCUCUUGUUAUCUUACUUAUCAGGGUGGAGGAGAAGAAAUGGCCUCACCCGAAGAUUUGGAUGAGGAGUGUCUUAAUGAUUUCUGGGCAAAUAAUGCGUCAGAGGAAAUUUGCUAUACCUGCAACCAAGACCACACAGAUUUGACUGCUGACCUGACAAGUUCUCACAAUAUGGACUUACUCAACAGUAACAGUGCACAGCAAGCCAGUGGCAUGGACACUUCUUCAAUUGCUGAUGUGUUAACUCCUCAAAGUGAGCAUCAAGAAUCAGUUCCAACUAGUGAUGAGGGCUACUAUGAUUCUAUGACCCCAGGGCCAGAUGAAGGACAAGAAAAAACUGACAGAUUAAGGACAGACAGAUUACCCAGGGACAGUUACAGCGGUGAUGCCCUCUAUGAACUUUUUGCACCUGAUGAGAGUCUCAUCAGUCCACAUUAUGAAAACAAAUCAAAAAUGCCCGUUUCCAAACAGUGCGAGUAUUUAAGUGAGCCAGUUGAUGUGACAGAUUCUGCCUUUGUUCCAGAAAUGAAUCGAUUACAAAUAAGUGCUGAACUGUAUAAAGAUCAUGAUUUUCUAGAGAUGCCGAGCACAUGCAGUAAAUCCUCGGAGUUGGCACAAAAUAUGGUUGGUCAGCAGGAAGUCGGCACAAAUAAAACCUGUAAUUUGAAUUCAAAACCACAAGCGUCAGUCAACAAGAAUGACACAGAACCGGAUAUAUAUGAUGAAAAGGGAAAUAGUCCUGCUUCCACUGAAAAAAGAACAAAAUCUAUAAAUGCUGAUUGUGAGAAAAGGCACAGCAGCAUAUCAUUCGGAAGCACAUCUGACCCAGAUUUUGAAACAUUUUGUGAACCCAAAGAGCAACAUCUUGAGGAAAACAAGCCUGUGGCUCUACCAUACAGAAAUAUAAAUUCUCAGUCUCCAGAUUGCAACAAUGAUUUGGAUGAUGGGCAAACUGUGAGUUUCUCUCAAGCACUUGUGGACUACACAAAACACUCUGAGAUGCUGAGUAACUUGCACAACAAUGUGGAUGAUUUGGAGACAAACGCUGCCUUCACUCCAAAUAUGCAGGCCUUACCUACGAUAGUCACAUUUGAUGUAGUGGAUAUGCAUAAUGAGGGUGAAUACGAUGAGCAGAUUCACAUGGAACUGGAGGAGGACAUUUCAUCACCCUAUCAGGAAUUUGAAGAAAGCUACCUACAAAAAGAUGCAUUUGCUGAAUGUGACUAUCAAAUGUUAGACCUGUAUGAACAGAACCUGAUCAGUAAUACAUGGGCAAUUGCUAGUCUCCCACAGCACCUAGGCCUUACAAGAGUCAGUCAGGCCAUGCCUAAUCCGUUGCCUCUAGACAGGAGAAGUAGAUCUCUGGACACAGAAAGCCUUGAGUUGAAUAUGCCUGACACUUACAGAGACAACAGAGCUGCUAUCGUUUCUUGUCCUCAAACUGAAAAGGACUCUGAAAGAGAUUCCUCACCAUAUUACAAAAAGAAUGUACUAGUGUCUGCAUCAGAGGUUAGAGACAGUAGCAGCAUUAUGGCCUUAUCGUGGCAAACAAGGUCAGAAAUGGCUUUAAGCCUUCCUCUGACAGAUGGGGAAAUUGCACAAGAAGUACAGGGCCUCAGUCAAACCCAAGCAGAACACAAAAUAUUUUCUAGUUCAUCCAGCAGUAAAUCGCAACGUCUUUGCUCGAAUGUGUCGGACAGAGUGUCCUGUGAUUUAAUUUCACAGAAUACAGAGCUUUACAGUAGGCAGUGUCACCAUCCUUUGGAAUCAGAUUCUUGUUUACCUCAUGGCACCUUUGUUUAUUCCGGAGGGAUGGAGGAGGUAUCGGAUGAUGUUGAUGAGGAUAUUUUUUGUAAAGCUGCCACUAAUUUACAAUCCUAUAGUCAGUGUGGUAAAAGCAGACCAGUGGCUAGUAGGGAUGGAAUAUCUCAUACUGGGAGUCCUCUGAACGCAGGUGUGUCUAAAGACGAAAUGGCCGUCCUCAGUGAAACAAGAACACCCAGAGAUGUGGCGUGCCCUGUUGCCUGCAACAAACUCCCUGAGGCAACCUUUAAUUGAAAGUCUGUCAGUCAUACAGUUGGCAUUAAGAUCACAUGUAUAUGUGCCAAUGAGUGCUUUUAUGUUACAUCCAAAAGAGUAAUUGUUGCUUAAUUUGUACUUGCACAACUGAUUUCUUUGAAAAGUUGUUGUACACUGUGAUGACAGGACAUUAAUUGAAAUUUGAAAAUAUGUGCCAUCAUGCUGAGUUAAGUACAACGCUGUCUUAUUGGGAAGUCAAAAGGGAUUUUCUGCAUUUGCACAGUAACUGUCGCUUGCUUCACACAGGUCACAUAGUCUGUUCAAAGUAUUUAAGCAAGUCAUUGUUUCAUUUGCAUUGAAAAUGCUCACAGAUUCAUCUCAUUACGCUACAGAAUUGUACUAGAAUGUUUUUACACACAUGUAGCCUCAUUAUCCAGGUCUCAAUAGUAAUGUCACACUUGUUUAAUGGAUAUUAAUUUGCCUGGUUUCCAUAGCACAGCCGAACAGGGCUAGCCAAGUCUUGCUAGCAACUCAUGUAUGCUUAUGCUUUAAGUGCCGGCUUAUGUUUGUGUUUACUGCUUUUUCACAGCCUCUCUGUGCUCCAGUAAGGUUUAUGUUGGCCUGUCAUGAUGCUUCGAUUUAGUGUUUCUAUCUGUUUUCUUGGUUUACCUAAUUUCAGGCCAGAUUGGGUUUAGGAAACAACAAGAGAGGAGUAUCUCAAUUCACAGAAAAGAAUAGUUCAAGAUACACAAUAUAAAACCUAUCUCUUGAUACCAUCAUGAGGUAUGAUGGUAGAUGUUUUUGCAUUUGGCUUAAUCUCAGAAUAUCUAACAGCUAGUUCUUUUCCUCAACCCAGAACAGGAUAAGCAGGUAUAGGAAAUGUACAGAUAGACUCAUAGUUGUUGCAUCUUAACUUCAGCUGCCAUUUCAUUAACAUGUUGUAGAUAGCUUUGCAUGGUGAAACUACUUUUAUUUGUAUAGCGCAUUUCACAUACAGUUACGCUGUGUAUGAAAGUGCGUUACAUAAGACAUCAAAGAAACAGCUUGGAAACAGCCGGAGUAAAAAAUGGUAGAGGAAAACAAAUCGAAGAAGAAACGCUAGUAGUACCUAAUAGUCUCAAACUUACUGCAAUUGCUUCUGGCCUGACAAGCCAGUUUGGCCUUACUAUGGCUGUUGUUUUUCUUUGGUCCCAUUUUCCAACAGCUUGACCACCUGUGAAGUGCAACAUUAUGACUGAAAUGAUGCACUCCAUUAUUGCAUUACUGUACGCUUGUGGAAUGAAAAAGUAGUUUGGUUUUGUUUGGAAUUGAAAUAAUAUGUCAAAAGAUGAACUGGUUGUAUAAUUUUCUAGUGCAUUUAAUGUUUGGUCAGAGGUUAAACUGUUGGAUGAUGUUUUUUUUAUAGUGUAAUAUUGAACAAAUGUCAAAUAAUUUGUAUUUAUAUUCUCAACUCUUUGUACACUCAGAAUGGUUAUUGCAAAUUGGCAAUAUUCUUUUUGAGUUUUCUUUUUUAAUUUUGGAUAUUUGUUUAUUGUCUCAAAGUUACAUCCAUGUUACAUUAGGGGAUUCCUCUUGAAAAUAUGUUACUGUUUUGUCAGAGUAGAACACUGCCUUACACUAAAAUAAACAUGACAUAGACAUAAGA